UGUACGAACGUGCGGAUCUUGCGUUCUGUCGAGUCACGUGCUUCCACCGCGUUUUUGCUUUCGUCGAAAUGAGCGCCGUAUUUUGCCUCGUCAUAUUACAAAACGGCAGCCGGCGAAAGUUGAAGCUGGCAACGGGAACCUACGCCGAAUUCCUGCAAAAAGUGACGGCAAUCGUGGACGUCGAUCUCGAGAACACGCUGAUCCAGGUGUAUGACACCGACCUGGACGACUUUGUCGAUCUUGCACCCGAAGAUGAAAUUCUAAACAAAGCGAAGCUGCGCGUCAUCUCAAGGAGUGCUUCAGUUCUGUGCCAUGCAGCAGUGGAUACUGGUGAUCAAGACGUUGCACCCCCUUAUCCACAAAGUCCGAUCCUCGCACGAAUCGAAGAUGCACCGUGUUCAUUUCUGUCCUGCGGGCAGGCGAGCGACAGUGACGAAAUGCAAGUCGACGACGCUCCUACCAAACACACGUCAGUGCACGAGAGCAACGACUGUCUCAAGUUCGCUCUGCCUCAAUCCUUCGGCAUAUAUUGCGACGCUUUUUUGAAGAGCAAGCGCCCAGUCACUGCACAAGUCAAGGACGCACAUGAUCUCAGUUCUGUUCAAGGCGCUCCACAGUGUGAAAUCCGUGAACACCCUACACAGAGGCAGUACAACAAAGUACUUGACCUGCUAGUGGCAAAGUAUCCGCGCGUGAUGGAAGGAAAGUACAGCAGGCGCCGCUGGUUGAUCGCCUUGAGGAGCCGGUUCAGAAGUGAACGCGAGAACCUCACAGGGGCUUCAGCUGCUGCAGUAAAAGCGCUGGAAACGUCCGGAACUAACCUGUUGCUGCCCGAAGCUAAUGACAAGUGCACCUACGCUCGCGUACCGCAUGUGACAACGCCGAGUUCAUCAACCAAUGCAUCCAGCUGCAAGGGCAAGUCAGCGCAGGAGGAACACCUCAGCGAGUUGAUGAACACGUCUGCUGAUGCCGUUACAGCCGGUGACGCAGCAGUAGCGUCUGUGUCCGACCUGACCGGAUGUGUGGAGAUGAGUGAACCAUUCGAGGAUGAUGAAGAAUUGAUAGAUUGUCCGGACGACUCCGAUGCCUCUCCGGAGAACGUCACUUUGUCCAGCCUGCUCGAAAUGUGCACCAAUGAAAGGGCUUCGGAGGCACUGAUGACACAGCUAGAAGAUCGAGCUACUUUGGACGAAAAUGAAAGCGCUGAUGAAUCGGCAGAGGAAGCAAGGCACUCAAAAAUGGAGCAGAUCAAAGAAGCUGUGGGCAGCGUCCCUCAGAAAAGUGCACAUGUGUCAAAUAGCAAGGAAAGAACGGGAAAGGUGAUUUCGAAGGACCGCAUGGAGCUGGAAAAAAGAACUCCCGAAGCAAAUGUGAACGAGCUCUCCCGUAACACAAGACGUGUAGCUGGCGCUGGAGCGCCUCGGGCAGUUCCACCUUUCGCUGCUCAUCGAGGCUCUCUACAGGGGCACAGUAGUUCAGCAGAAUCCCCCGAAAGGGAAAAACGACCUGAAGGUCUUCCGUUUCCUUUUGAAAACUUGCCAGGGUACAUUCGAAGGGCUCUCAAUGACAAGAAGCCGAUUCCCCGCGCUGAAAGAAGGGCUCUGGUACGAUGUGUAGUUGAAGAACUGACAGAAGCCUGCCCCCGGCCCACACGGGAAUUCUUCCAAGAGGCAGCCAUGGCGAUCGUCAAAGCUUUUCCCGACGCCCUUGCAGAUCGUCGCCCGGAUGGCAAACUGCGCGGAAAAGGAUACAGCUCUUUUUGUGAACAACUUAAGGCCCGCGCCAAUUACCUUGCCCUCAGAAGACGAACCAUCUCGCCAGCUACUCCAUGGGGGCACACUAGCUCAACGUAUUCUGCUGAAGGUUUUUCGUUUCACCUGAUAUAUGUGCCAAAGUUUGUUCAAAAGGCUCUCAAGGCCAGGAGACCACUUCCGCAGAGAGAAAGAAGGGAUCUGGUCCGAUGUGUAGCCGAACAACUGACCACAAUGAGUGACAGGCCCCAGCGGAACUUGAUUCGACAGGCAGCCAUGGAUGUUGUGCAGGCCUUUCCCGACGCCCUUGAGGACCGCAACCCAGACGGCGGACUGCUUGGCACAGGAUACGACUCCUUUUUCCAACAAUUGGAAAGUCUCAUUGAAACGUUGCUAGUCAGAGAGAAAAGAACCGUCGUGUCAAUUGCGCAGCAGUUGCAGCAAAGUUGCGGCAGGAGAGCCACCAAGGAUUUAUACGGCUGUGUUAACUGGCAGCCUGCGACGAACUCGGACCCACCAGAAGAGGUUGACGAGAGGAUUCAGUUUCUAAAACGAGAGGCGAAGAAAGGCCCAAAAGAGAUCGACGCGCGCCGUUGUUCUGACUACAUGGAGGAAAUGUAUCCGGAACAGAGGAGCUUCAUAAACGCUGAUCCCCCUCCCAGUAUUUCUGCGGUGAAAGAUCAAUGGCCCAUGCUCUUCCACAGGCCGUUCUUCUAUAAUCACGGGAACAAGCUGCUCGCCAAGGAUGUCAAGGCUAUAUUUGAUCAAAAAGUGUCAACAUAUGCGCCACCGCUUGUUCGAUACAUGGAGACGAUCACAAGGACAGAUGUCAUAUAUAUACUGCUGGCCAUGGAAAAAGGGACAAAAAAAGGCAACGCGAACGCAGAAGAGGAAGCUAUGCUACCCCUUCUGUGCUCAUAUUUCAGAGAAGAUGAAAGGCAUCUCUAUCGGGUCUUAGAAGAAGGAACGGACAUCGCAGAAAUACUCCCCGAGCUGCCAAGCACCCCUACUAUCGUUGCACUUGGAGGCAUUUUCCAGAAGAAAUGCUUUGUGACUUGCGAACAGCAGAUCCUUUUCACAGAGCCUGUGGACUUUUCGGAGGCGACCUGUCUUUUACUUCUCAGCUACUAUGUUUUCAACUUGGCCUAUCCAGACCCUGUUGCGGCAACUCUGGAAUUUCUUCAGAGGGAGACGUUCUCUAUCAAUCCCUCAGAGGCAGCAAAUGCGAGAACGAACGAAGGUCGAGGACUUCCGUGAGCAGUAAGAUAAUGCAACUAUUGCAUCGCCUGCGUUGAAGGCGCAAAGUUGUGAGGCCGGGUGUAAGGAGGCAAUUCAUAAUAAAGUUCAACUGUUUAUUUUCAAAUUA